AUGAAGUCUACUCUGUUCAUCGGCUCGCUUAUUGUGGGCUCUGCUUCCGCAUACAAGGCUACCACCACUCGCUAUUACGAUGGACUGGAGGGCGCUUGCGGAUGCGGCUCAAGCUCUGGCGCAUUCCCGUGGCAGCUUGGUAUCGGCAACGGAGUCUACACGGCUGCUGGCUCUCAGGCCCUCUUCGACACGGCCGGUGCUUCAUGGUGCGGCGCGGGCUGCGGUAAAUGCUACCAAUUGACCUCGACGGGAGAGGCGCCCUGCUCCAGCUGCGGUACGGGCGGUGCUGCUGGCCAGAGCAUCAUCGUCAUGGUCACCAACCUGUGCCCGAACAACGGAAACGCGCAGUGGUGCCCGGUUGUCGGUGGCACGAACCAGUACGGCUACAGCUACCACUUCGACAUCAUGGCGCAGAAUGAGAUCUUUGGAGACAACGUCGUCGUCGACUUUGAGCCCAUCGCCUGCCCGGGCCAGGCCGCCGCUGACUGGGGAACUUGCCUCUGCAAUGGACAGCAAGAGACGGACCCCACGCCCGUUCUCGGCAACGACGACAGUGGCUCGCCUCCUCCCUCCGGGGGCUCGCCGCCGGCGACCUCAUCGAGCCCGCCAUCGGGGGGCGGCGGCGGACAGCAGACGCUCUAUGGCCAGUGUGGAGGCGAGGGCUGGACGGGUCCCACGACGUGCCAGGCUCCAGGCACCUGCAAGGCCCAGAACCAAUGGUACUCCCAGUGUCUUCCUUGA